CUUGGAUUGUAAACAGUAAAUUUUCAGCAUGGCGUUAAUGAGAGGAGUUGGACAAAGUCUGCGACUUUUCGGAGGUGACUCGCGGUCUGCUAUUCAAGUUGCACUUUAUCACAAAAAUGUGAUAGACCAUUAUGAAAACCCAAGAAAUGUUGGGUCAAUGGAUAAAAAAGAUAAAGAUGUUGGAACUGGAUUAGUUGGAGCACCUGCUUGUGGUGACGUCAUGAAGUUACAGAUUAAAGUGGAUGAUGAUGGAAAGAUUGUUGAUGCUAAAUUUAAAACUUUCGGGUGUGGAUCAGCCAUUGCAUCAAGUUCUCUAGCCACUGAGUGGGUCAAAGGAAAAUCUGUUGAUGAGGCUAUCAAGAUUAAGAAUACUGAUAUUGCUAAAGAACUCAGUUUACCACCAGUCAAAUUACAUUGUUCAAUGUUGGCAGAAGAUGCUAUUAAGGCUGCGUUGAGUGAUUAUAAGAUCAAGAACAAGAAAGAUUAAGAGGGAAGAGUGCAGGAUUAACAGAUUUAUAAUGGAGUGGCUGUGAAUGCUGUGAUGAUUACAAGUGAAACUUUUUGUGAACUUUUUUGUCAUUUAUAUGGUCUAAUAUAUAAUACCCUUGGUAUUUAUAAUAACAAAAAUUAUUUGCUUCUUUGAAAUUUUUAUUGUUAUAGAAAUAGAAAUAAAAAAAAUAUUAUUGAGAAAAAUAGCUUCAUAGAAAAUUAUAUUGUAAGCUCUGAUAAAAGGAAAAAAAAUUUGUCUUUGAAAAUAAUUAGAAUUUUUUGUAAGGUGUAAGCCAUAAAAACAAAUUGAUAUUAAACUGUAAAAAAAUUUAAAACUUUCAGUAUUAUGCAUAUGAUUUGGGUGUUUUAUUGAUAUUAAGAUUUGAACAUUGCCUGUAUAUUAGUUGAUGUAAAUAAAUGUAUUAUGUAGAAAAAUAAAGUUUUUUUGUUUGUUCAA